AUCAGUGUGCCUUUUGUUUUGCCAGAGCAAAGAUAAUCGUUAUUGUUGUUGGCCUAAUCAACAAUGACGGCUGGUUCCGGAUAUGAGAAUAAAGCAUACGACGGCGAUAAUCCAGUGAAGCCACAUUUGCAUAACACUGAGGACACAGUAUCGAUUCGAGAAAAAGUUAAAUUAUCCAGAUCAGAAAAAUGGAGGAUACUGAAAAAUGUGACGAUUCUAUCAUGUGCAUUCAUGGUACAAUUCACAGCAUUUCAGGGCACAGCCAAUUUACAGUCAUCAAUUAAUGCCAAAGAUGGUUUAGGAACCGUAUCAUUAAGUGCAAUUUAUGCGGCUAUUGUCGUUUCAUGUAUAUUUAUUCCAACAUUAGUUAUAAGAAGGCUUACUGUGAAAUGGACAUUGUGCGCAAGUAUGUGCUGCUACGCUCCCUACAUUGCUGCUCAAUUCUACCCAAAAUUCUACACUUUAGUUCCUGCUGGCAUAUUGCUAGGUUUGGGUGCAGCGCCUAUGUGGGCAUCAAAAGCUACCUAUCUCACACAAGUCGGUCAGGUGUACGCAAAAAUAACGGAUCAACCGGUCGACGCUAUCAUCGUCCGAUUCUUCGGCUUCUUCUUCCUUGCCUGGCAAACCGCUGAAUUGUGGGGAAAUUUGAUUUCCAGUUUGGUGCUAUCGUCCGGUGCUCAUGGAGGUGGUGGCGGUGGAAAUACUACAUUGUCAACGUGCGGUGCCAAUUUCUGUGUCGUUGCAUCGGCCGAAAAUGCCAAUUUGGAACGUCCACCAGAUUCGGAAAUUUUUGAAAUUUCGACCAUCUAUUUGGCCUGUAUCGGAGCUGCUGUGAUAAUUAUUGCUGUGUUCUUGGAUCCAUUGUCAAGAUACGGUGAAAAACGUAAGGGAUCUGAGUCGGCAAAGGAGUUGUCUGGUGUUGCAUUACUUUCAGCUACACUCAAUCAAUGCAAAAAGCCUAACCAACAGUUGCUGAUCUUAAUUACCGUUUGGAUCGGCAUGGAACAAGCGUUUAUUGGUGCUGAUUUUACACAAGCUUAUGUGUCGUGUGCUUUGGGUAUCCAUCAAAUUGGCUAUGUUAUGAUAUGUUUUGGUGUGGUAAACGCAAUCUGUUCAAUUAUUUUCGGUUCCAUCAUGAAAUACAUCGGCAGAAUCCCGAUCAUUGCACUGGGCGCCAUCGUUCACGGAGCUAUUGUUAUUGUAAUGUUAUUCUGGCGACCACAUCCAGAAAAUCCAUUGAUCUUCUUCGCUAUCGCUGGACUAUGGGGUGUUGGCGAUGCUGUGUGGCAGACACAAAUUAAUGGACUCUAUGGUCUACUGUUCCGAAGGAAUAAGGAGGCAGCCUUCUCAAAUUAUCGCCUGUGGGAAUCAGCUGGUUUCGUCAUUGCCUAUGCGUACUCAACAACAUUGUGCGCUAGAAUGAAGCUGUACAUCCUGUUCGGUAACUUGACGCUCGGAGUACUGGGAUACAUUAUUGUGGAGAUCAGAUACCGACGCAAGCAACGACGACUUAAGAAACAAGAAGCCAAAGAAAAUGCCCGUCAAGCUGAGUUAGCUAAGCAACAGGCGAAUCAAAUUGAAGAAACUGACGACGAACACGAUGAAUUGGAGGAGGACAUUGAAAUCACUCACUUCUAAAUUGUUGUUUUGUAUUGUUGUCUUCCGUUUUUUAGUGAUGAUUUUAUUGCUACGAACAGAAGAAUAUUCAUAAUUUUUGGUAGAACAGAGGAUUAUGUCUAUUUGCAAAAAAAA